GGGGACGCGAAGGAGGAACACACGAGCCUUCCUCUUUGGAGGGACUUUGGCUUCUCUUUUUUUGAAUGGCUGCAGGAGAGGGAGAAAUUGCCCCUGCAAAUCAGGAACCAAGGAAGAGCUUUGUGGCCUCUGACAGUUGCAGAUCAUUUGCCACAAAGGAAGUCAUCCUCUUGCAGAGACAAAACCCAGGAAACGAGGAAGAAGGUUACUUGUUUUCUCAGUUCUGUUACAGAUUCUGAAAUACAGAAUCUGUAUUUGAGAAAAAUCAAGUUUUCUGCCUGGAAUCAACCAGAAAGCAGUAUUAUCAGUGACUCUCUAGAUUUCCAUUGAUAGAGUCGCAAGUAAAAGUGAUGAAGGAGCAAAAGUCUGCAGGCGAAGAACGAGAAGGGGGACGAGAAGGUUCAGCAGCGGAAUCAAUUCACAUAGAUCAGCAUGAAGAGAUGGCAGAACGGACCAGAUGGAGAGUGUGGCAAGAAGGCAAAGAGAAACCAUGCUUAGAAGCCCAAUGGCAGGAGUUCUGGGGAGGAAACAUGGGGUGGGAGAAGGAGCCCAGCCCCUGGGAGGACGCCAAGGCCUUCCUGGCCUCCUUUGAGCAAGUGGCCAAAGCCUGCCAGUGGCCCAGGGAAGAGUGGGCUGCCCGGCUCCUGCCAGCACUGAGUGGAGAAGCCCAAAGGGCCUUUGGUAGGCUUGAAGUCACAGACAGGGAGGAUUACAGGAAAGUGAAGGCAGCCAUCUUGCGUGAUGAAGCCAACCGCAUGGAAACCUUGCGCCAGCACUUCCGGCAGUUCCGCUCGAGAGAGGUGGAAGAUCCGCGCCGGAUUUACAGCCAGCUACAGGAACUUUGCCACCGGUGGCUGAGGCCAGAGAGGCACUCAAAGGAGCAGAUCCUGGAGCUGCUGAUCCUGGAGCAGUUCCUCACCAUCCUGCCACCGGAGCUACAGAGCUGGAUCAGGGCUGGCUGCCCUGAGAAUUGCACCCAAGCCGCAGCCCUGGUGGAUGUUUUUUUCAUCAACCACCAAGGGUGUACCAAGACUGGAAAAUGGCAGGGGCCAUUGCAAGAGGUCUGUUUGGGUUCUCAAAGCACAGAGGAGGAAACCCUGGAUCCUAUGCAAAGAAAAGGCUACGAAGAAGUAAACAGUGAAGGCGAGAUCCAUUUGCUGGGCAGAGGAACCAAACGCCCAGGAGGGCACUUUGCUCCAUCACUUCCUCCUGAAGGGCAGGAAACAGCUGGAGCUGGGCAAGCAAAGAAACAGAUGAACUUUGGGGAGACAGAUAUGGUCAAGCAGAGUUUGACAGAGCCAGGCCAAAGGACCAUGUUUUGGCAAGUCCUGCAGGAGGACGGUGGGAACAUAGAUACUUUGGAGGGAUUUUUGGUUCCUAAAUCUGGCCUUGCCUCCCACCUUGAAAAAGAAGAAGAGAUGUUGGUCCAGUUCCUGGAGGAAAGAGAAACACUCCCAGGCCCAGGUGCAGGUGAUGUGAAGAGGAUCAAGAAGGAGGUCUCAGAGGAGGAUGAAUCUGGUCCAGAUGAAACAUGGGAAUCGUCAACAGAAGUAACCCAAGUGGAUAUUCCUGGGACAUCUGAAAUUCACAAGCAGACAUGUGGCAGAAAGAGGAUUAAGCUCAAAGUGGAGAAUUCCCAGUAUGGAAGAAGAGAGUCUGAGGAAACACACAGGACUGUGCUACAUUUAACCCCAAAGAAUAUGUCAGAAACCACUGAGACUCAAGAGCAGGCAUGCAGGUCCCAAAGGCAGCAUACAGCUGCCAAGAUUGAAACCACAGUGUCGGCAAGGCCCAAACAAUCUCCAAGCACGGGAGAAGAUAUUGUUGCAGAUCGUCAUGAUGUGAUGCAUGCUGGAGAGAAUUUUCACAAAUGUCCUGUGCGCAUGGAAGACUUCCACCUAAACCUCAGUAAACAUCAGAGACUCCCUAUAGGAGAGAAGCAAUAUGAUUUCUCCCAUGGGAGGAGAAGCUUCCUGCAGAGAGAACAUUUGAUUAGACAUCAGCGUCGACAUAUAAGAAAGAAAACUUAUGAAUGCCCCGAUUGUGGGAAAAGCUUACGUUCCAGCGGUUCAUUUAAGUCCCAUCAGAGAAUUCAUACUGGAGAAAGGCCUUACGGUUGUUCCUACUGCGCAAAAUCCUUCAAUCAGAGCAUUCAUCUAGAGCGACAUCAGAAAGUCCAUACAGGGGAGAAACCAUACGGGUGUCUGGAGUGUGGGAGAACCUUUAGCCGCAAAGAUACGUUGGUAAAACAUCAAAGAACCCAUGCAGGACACCAGCAGUGUGUAGACUGCGACAGUUAAGAGUUGUGCAGGGGGGAGGGGGAGGGAAGCCAGCCAUUUAAAACAUUGUUAAGAAUCCAAAGGGUGGCAAAAGCCGACUGUGUAAUUUUCACAUUGGCAAGAAUUUACGUAUUUAUUUCAAUCAAACAAGGCUAUCAAAAGCCUCAAGAAAAGUGUCUUUGGCUUGCUAGUUGUGCUUUCCUAAGCAAAGAGACUUUGAUAGCAACAGACUCAGACAAGGGUGACUCUGUGUAGGAUAGUACUGUAGACCAAGUGCUCUCCUGAGUUCUGCGUCUAGUUGGCUUUCUUUCUUGAGAGUGGAUGAUUUGGAGCUGAGUUGACCAGUGGCCACUCUGCAGAUGGGUCCCCCUACAUUAUGCUUUACAGAGGUAGGUGCUACAUUUGUUCCCUGCAUUAUUCGAAUGGAAUGUGUAGCUGGAUAAAAACAUUCUAACUGUCAUGCUUGCAAUGCUUUUUUGUUAUUUUUCUUGGCAGAGUGAAGGCAGCAUACAACAGAUAAACCAAUUUUAGAAUAACAUACAAGCAAUCAAACAAAAAAUACAGAUCAUUAACACCUGCCAGUUAAAUGCAAUUGUCUUCGACCAGAAAAAAUUAAUAGAGGAACCCCUUUGCAAAAGCUAAGCACACCCAGCGGAAAACCUUUUGUGAAAUUACACAGUGGGUUGAGAAAGUGGCUAGGGAGAACUUUUUCUCCUGUAAUACUAGAACUCGGGGGCAGCCAAUGGGGCACUUGGGGACAAUAGAUUCAGGACGGACAAAAAGAAGUACUUCUUGAUUCAACAAGUGAUUAAAUUGUGGAAUUCA